UAUGUAAUAGCACGUUAUAAUAUCGAAAGAACAUUUCAUAACAUGCUGGGUAACAAAAACGUCAAGAUUAAGUCUGAGGCCGGUAACAUCAACAGUGAGGACAAACCCAGCCUGCCUCUCCUUCCACACUGACUCCAAACCUACAGUCACUGGGUCUUGAUUGUGACAGUGGAGCCCAGUUUGUACUGCAGGAUCCGGAGAUGGCAUCAGUGAAGCUGGAAGACUGCAGUCAAACACUGGAGAUGAAUGCCAACAUUAAAGAUGAAGAGGAGGAGGAGAUUGGGACAUCUGUUAAUCAUGGUAUGAGGUCGUUAACAUCAACAGUGAGGACAAACCCAGCCUGCCUCUCUCCUUCCACAUUGAGUCCAAACCUCCUGUCACUGGGUCCUGAUUGUGACAGUGGAGCCCAGUUUGCACUGCAGGAUCUAGAGAUGGCAUCAGUGAAGCUGGAAGACUGCAGUCAAACACUGGAGCUGAAUGUAAACAUUAAACAUGAAGAAGAGGAGGAGAAGAUUGGGAAAUCUGUUUCUCAUGGACCACUACAAUUAAGUCUGAGUCCGGUAACAUCAACAGUGAGGACAAACCCAGCCUGCCUCUCUCCUUCCACACUGAGUCCAAACCCACAGUCACUGGGUCCUGAUUGUGACAGUGGAGCCCAGUUUGCACUGCAGGAUCCAGAGAUGGCAUCAGUGAAGCUGGAAGACUGCAGUCAAACACUGGAGCUGAAUGUCAACAUUAAAGAUGAAGAAGAGGAGGAGAAGAUUGGGAAAUCUGUUUCUCAUGGAGACCAUGUUGAGACAUUCUCUACAUCCAGAGAGGAACAGCAGGAAGCUCACAGAGCUAAGAGGUCUUACCCCUGCCCACACUGUGAGGAGAUUUUCCCAUUUCUAUCAAAGCUAAAAGUACACCUAAAAAUACACACAGGAGAGAAUCGUUAUUCCUAUACUGACAGUGGGAAGAAUUUCACAACAUCCAAGGCUCUGACAGUUCAUCAGAGAGUGCACACAGGAGAGAAGCUGUUCUCCUGCUCUGACUGUGUAAAAUGCUUCACAACAUCAACUAGGCUAAAAGUUCAUCAAAGAACACACACAGGAGAGAAGCCUUACAUCUGCUCUGACUGUAAGGCGAGUUUCUCUCUACUGCGCAACUUAAAACGACAUGAACGUUUACACACAGAGAGAAGCUUUACUCCUGCUCUGACUGUAAGGCGAGUUUCUCUCUACUGUGCAACUUAA